ACUGUCCAUAUUUUCUUCCUUCCCUUCUUAAGAGUAUUUGUUUUGUCUAAAUUAUUUCUACCAUUCCAUCUUCCUCUCUUCUCUUCUGAUCUUAUUAUAGGAUCAUUUUCCUCUCCACCAUUGUUGUUAAUUACUCAUUUGGAGCAAAUUAAGUCUUGUUUGUUCAUUAAUUAACAAUGACAAUGGCUGAUUUGAAAAACAUUAGCAGUAAUGAUAAAUCAUCUCAAUUUGGAGAUACAACUCUUACCAAAGUUUUUGUGGGUGGAUUAGCUUGGGAAGCUCCUAAAGAAGCCUUGUUUGAUCAUUUUCAAAAGUUUGGUGAGAUCUUAGAAGCUGUUAUCAUCUCUGAUAAGAUCACUGGUAGAUCCAAGGGCUAUGGCUUUGUGACAUUUAAGGAGGCGGAAGCAGCAAAGAAGGCAUGUGAGGAUGCAACACCAACCAUCAAUGGUCGGCGAGCUAACUGCAACCUAGCUGCAUUAGGAGCUCGCCACCCACCGCGAUCAUCAUCUACCACUACUCCUCAACGGCCAGCAUCAAACGGCAGAAACAAUGCAGUAAGCCCAACAACAGGUGGUCCUGGUCAUGGUCAUGGCGUGCAAUGGUACUAUUCUGGUCCUGUCCCAGGCCGAGCUGCUUCUCCUACUACUACUACACCGUUUCAUGCUCAUCAUCACCAUCAACCCCUUCCUUUCUACGGGUAUUCUCCUUCAUACAUUGCUGCUGAUGUUGCCUACAAUCACAAGCUAAGCUACAAUGGUGGGGCCUACAUAAACGCAGGGCAUUACGCGGCGCAGAUGUACCCAGGGCAGGCUGGUAUGAUAGGAGGGGCAAACACAUUGAUGUCUGUUUAUCCAUAUUACCACCCUUACUUACCCCACCAAGUCCAACAAUCACAUCAUCAGGCCGCUAUGGGCUUACCGGCCCAUAUCUUCCCAACUACUUCAGGCCCAAUCACUGCUCCUCCUCCCAUCAUCUCUAAGCCCACUAUUCCUGUUUGCAUUGCUCCUCCUUCAGUGUGUUUGACUGUGGAGUAGGUUCGGUUGGAAAAGGGAAGAGCAUGCAGAAAAGCAAUUGAUCAGAGAAAAAGAAAAAAAUAAAUAAACUACUUGCAUUGUGCUUACAAGCUAAGGAAACCUAGGUGGUGUCUGCUGCUUACAACCACAUUACUAUCAACUCUUCUAAGACUCACUCUUAGCUAAUUUGCUAUUUUAACUCCAAAAAAUUGCAUCUUAUAAUUUUUGUAAUUCAAUUUGUUUAAUUUUAUUAUUAAUAUUAUAUUAUUAUUAUUAGGCAUGGAUAAUCAAUUUAAUUAAUUAAUAUAU